UUAUAACCUCGUGCUUACCUAAUUAAGAUUGAAUCUUCAUCCAUAAUCAGUUUUUACUGUUGAUCAUCAAGCUUCAUUUUCAAUCUAUUAAUAAUAUUAACCAUUUGAUGACAACAACAACAACAACAACAAUUAAUGUUUCUAUUUUGUAAUUAAAUAAUCAUUUCAAUUGCGAUACAUUUGAAAUCUUAACUAACCUGAUUUUCUGGUUACAAUUUGUUUCUACAGGUAAAUCAUCAGCUGAUCAGCUGAUCAAUUUUACUUUUUAUCAACAAAAAUCAAAAUUUUCCUAUUUCUGUGAUUAUUGUGAUUCUAUGGUGACUUUAUUCAUAAUUAUCUUCACAAUUAAAUUAAUUGCUUGGGUUUAGAUGGAUCUUGAUGAAUUUCUGAUUAAAUUAAAAUCAUCCAAUGAAUCAAAUAAACAUGGAAAUUUGAUUAAUUCACUUGAAAGAUUAUCCAGUUUAUGUGAAACCUUAACUCGAUUGGCACCUCAACAUGAUUGGAAAGAUUUACCUUAUAAUGGAUUUAGAAGUCUAAUCAAAUUGUGUAAUCUAUUUACAAUUAACGUUCUAAGAGUUAAAUGUAAUCCACUAAUUGUCAAUAAUGAUCAAGAAUCUUUGAUCAACACUAUCAAACUUUUAAUCGCAAUGACAGAGCGAGCAGUUGAUUAUCAUCGAGAUGGUCAAGAGCCGGACGAAGGUUUCAAAUGUGAUAAAGUAGUGAAAACUUUUCGUGACCUUAGGCAACAUUUUGACGAAAUCGAACCUUACCUUAAAUCGUAUUGGGCCGAUAAUGCGCUGUUCUGGAUGACCCCAGAUUCCCGUUGGGUACCAUAUUAUUUCUCGUUGGUCUACUCAUUGGUCCAUCGAUUUCCGAAAUCAUUGUUGGCCUCAGUUUCUAACACUGAGUACGCCAAUAUAAUGACCUUUUCAACCUGGAAGGCUACACUUUUUUUCCCGAUCAAUUUGGCAAAUUAUGUUGAUAACUUUAUAACUCGAACCUACAGUGGCCUCAGAUUCAUGGUAUCCGAUGUUGAGUAUCGUGAGUUUAUGGUACCAAGACAGUCAAAAUGGAUCAUAAAUGAUGAUGGAAGUCGAAUAUCAUCUUCACCGGAAGAUGAUGACAAAUUCAUGAGGGAAAAAAAAGAAACUGUUCUUUGUCAUCUGAUGCGAUAUAAACCUCAUCAACCCUCCGGCGAUGUUAUCAUUCAUGCUCAAGGCGGUGGAUUAGUUGUUGAUGCUCGACAAUUACACGAGGAGUACCUACGUGAUUGGGUACAACAAUUGGACGGUUCAACGAUAAUUAACAUUGCUUACAGUCGAUUCGUUAGGUAUCCGUUUGCCCUUCAAGAAAUUCUUGACGUUUUCCUUUGGUUAACCAGCGGCGAUGAUCAAGUUGAUAAAAUGAUUGGAUUUAAACCAAAACGGAUAAUCUGCCUUGGCGAUUCUGCCGGAGCUUAUCUGCUUUUCUCCUUGUGUUUGGUUGCUCGUGAUAUUCAAUUAAUCUCCCCAAUGGACAUAAAAACCUUCCCGAAAGCACUGGUCGCCUUUAGUCCGAUUCUUUCCUCAGCAAGUUCCAAAAUUUUCCCCUCCUUUCUACUCUCAUAUAUUGACCCUUUUCUCUGUCCAUCUUUACUACUCCAUUGUUUCUCACUAUAUGGAUCGGGUGUGAUCUUUGACUCCGAUUGUAUUGACCUGGAAAAUGUCAACACCAACUAUCAAUCGUCCAGUAAACCAAUCAACUGGUCAACUUGGUUAACCGAUAAAUAUACAAUGUCAACCUCGAGUUUUAAAAACUUUUAUAAUACCUGGUUAAAGAAGGGUAAAAGUUGGUACGAUUGUGAUAACGAAACAUUUGAAGAAAGGGUCAACCAAAUGGCCUCAAGAAUAACGAUUCCCUACAUAUCACCCGUGGUCUCAUAUGAUUUGGAGACAAUUAAAGAUUUAGAAUUAUAUUUAAUUUCAACUGAAUUUGAUCCACUUUUGGAUACCAAUAUUGAACUUGCCAAAAAAUGGAAAGGUAAACUGACCCUCGACGUGAUUGACCAAAUGGCCCACGGAUUUAGUGCCUAUUAUUCAUUAAGUAAUUCCUGUUACCAGGCAUCUAAAUUGUGCCUUCAAAGAUUAAAAGAAUCAGUUUCAUCAUGAACAAUUAUCUUCUUCUUAUUCUUGUAAACAUAUAAAUAAUAAAAAAUUUUGUAUUUUCAUUGAAAUUUCAUUUUUAAUUCCUGAAUAAUAAUAACCCAACAAGCACAA